ACGUGUGAAAGCCGCGACCGAGCGACCGACCGCCCGUCUUUGGCUGAGCCUGAGCCGCUUUGCCGGUGCUGCUAAUCGGUUUCUUGCCCAGUUCCGUGCCUAAGCUCCGGAGCUGCCCAUGAACGGCACCAUGGCCGCGUCCUCACACCGGAUAAUGCUGGGGCCGCUGGUUGCUGCCAUCGACCAGGGGACGAGCUCCACCAGGUUCUUGGUGUUCAAUUCAAAAACAGCAGAGCUCCUCAGCCACCAUCAAGUGGAAAUCAAACAGAGCUUCCCCAAAGAAGGAUGGGUCGAGGAAGAUCCCAACGAAAUCCUGCAGUCGGUAUACGAGUGUAUGGAGCGGACGUGUGAAAAACUGACACAGCUCAACAUCGACAUCUCAAACAUUAAAGCUAUCGGAGUGACCAACCAACGAGAGACCACGCUGGUUUGGGACAAAGAGACCGGGGAGCCCCUCUACAAUGCAAUCGUGUGGCUGGACCUGCGAACUCAAUCAACAGUUGAAAGUCUUAUUAACAAAACUCCAGGAAGGAACAAGAACCACUUGAAGCAUAAAACCGGGCUCCCCAUCAGCACUUACUUCAGCGCCGUCAAACUUCGCUGGCUGAUGGACAACGUGAAAGAGGUCCACGAAGCCGUCGUGUCUCACCGCGCCAUGUUCGGCACCGUCGACUCCUGGCUCAUCUGGUGUUUGACAGGAGGCAAGUCAGGCGGAGUCCACUGCACUGACGUGACCAACGCCAGCAGGACCAUGCUGUUUAAUAUUCACACCAUGGACUGGGACCCAGAACUCUGCAA